CAACUUGGCAAGCCUGUCCGGGCUCUGAAUACCAACAGGAUGAAUAAUGCUGCAGCUUUACACCUUUGGCAGUCGGUUGGAAGGGGUUUGUGUACCUCAGCAACUUUCAGACCCAUUGCAUUUGGAGAAAGUGCACUAUCUGGAUGCCUUUUAGAGGUUGGGAUUAAUGAAAACUGUACUCAGCUCAGGGAAAAUGUUGUUGAAAGACUUGAUUCAUUAAUACAAGCGACUCAUGUUGCAAUGAGAGGCAACUCCAAUUACAGCAAUCUGAGUGAUGGCUGGCUCGAAAUAAUACGUGUAGAUGCCCCUGAUCCAGGCGCAGACCCGCCUGUUGGCCGUGUAAAUGGCAUCUGCCCGGGCAUUCCUGCUCAGCUGAAUAUCCGUAUCCUCAUCUCGGAUGCUGGCGCAGUAGAAGGCAUUCCUCAGCAGGAGAUUUGUGGUGUCGAGGCAAGGUUCUCCUCAGUGACCUGGCAAUACCAGUGUGGGCUUACUUGUGAGGAUAAGGCCGACCUUGUCCCUCUCAGUGCAUCCGUCCGGUUUAUUAAAAUACCUGCGCAGUUACCCCGCCCCCUGACAAGAUUCCAGAUCAAUUUUACAGAGUAUGACUGUAACAGAAAUGAGCUGUGUUGGCCGCAACUUCUAUAUCCAUGGACCCAGUAUUACCAAGCUCAACCAGAAUGUAAAUUCUUUCCAAAGAAAAUUCGUUGGUGAGGUGAAGCGGUGUGAAGAACUAGAACGAAUACUGGUAUAUUUGGUGCAGGAAAUUAAUAGAGCUGCUAUUCCCCUUCCUGAGUGUGAGGCCAGUCCCCCCGCACCACCUCUUAAACAGGUUCUAGAAAUGCAGGAGCAGUUGCAGAAGCUCGAGGUGGAACUGAGAGAAGUCACAAAGAACAAGGAGAAACUGAAGAAAAACUUGCUGGAACUGAUUGAGUAUACCCACAUGCUGAGAGUGACAAAAACCUUCGUGAAGCGCAAUGUUGAGUUUGAGCCCACUUAUGAAGAAUUCCCUUCCUUAGAGAACGAUUGCUUGUUGGACUACAGCUGCAUGCAGAGGCUGGGAGCCAAACUGGGAUUUGUGUCUGGCCUAAUUAACCAAGGAAAAGUUCAAGCAUUUGAAAAGAUGUUGUGGCGAGCCUGUAAAGGGUACACCAUUUUGUCCUAUGCAGAACUGGAUGAAGCCCUUGAAGACCCUGAAACAGGAGAAGUCAUAAAAUGGUAUGUGUUUUUAAUAUCCUUUUGGGGAGAGCAAAUUGGCCACAAGGUUAAGAAGAUAUGUGAUUGUUACCACUGUCACGUGUACCCCUAUCCAAAUACUGCUGAGGAACGGAGGGAGAUCCAGGAGGGACUCAACACUCGGAUUCAGGACCUCUAUACUGUACUUCACAAGACUGAGGACUACUUGAGGCAAGUGCUGUGUAAAGCCGCCGAGUCUGUGUACAACCGUGUGGUCCAGGUGAAGAAAAUGAAAGCCAUCUAUCACAUGCUGAACAUGUGCAGCUUCGAUGUGACCAACAAGUGCCUCAUCGCCGAGGUCUGGUGUCCCGAGGUGGAUCUGCAUGACCUGCGCCGGGCGCUGGAGGAGGGCUCGAGAGAGAGCGGUGCUACCAUCCCCUCCUUUAUGAACACAAUCCCAACAAAAGAAACGCCCCCGACGUUGAUCCGUACCAACAAAUUCACUGAGGGAUUCCAGAACAUCGUGGACGCCUAUGGAGUAGGGAGCUACAGAGAAGUGAAUCCAGCUCUCUUUUCCAUCAUCACGUUCCCGUUUUUAUUUGCUGUGAUGUUUGGAGACUUUGGACAUGGCUUCAUGAUGUUCUUAUUUGCUCUUUUGUUGGUGUUAAAUGAAAAUCAUCCCAGACUGAAUCAGUCACAGGAGAUUAUGGGAAUGUUUUUUAACGGUCGAUACAUCCUCCUGCUAAUGGGGCUGUUUUCAGUGUACACCGGCCUCAUCUACAAUGAGUGCUUUUCAAAGUCAGUCAACCUGUUUGGCUCCGGCUGGAACGUGUCUGCCAUGUACAGCUCCAGCCACACUCCACAGGAGCAGAAGAAAAUGGUGCUUUGGAAUGACAGUGUCGUCAGGCACAGCAGAGUUUUGCAGUUGGAUCCUAGUGUUCCCGGAGUGUUCCAAGGCCCUUACCCUCUUGGCAUUGAUCCUAUUUGGAACUUGGCCACGAAUCGCCUCACUUUUCUAAACUCUUUCAAAAUGAAAAUGUCUGUGAUUUUAGGAAUUAUUCACAUGACCUUUGGUGUCGUCCUGGGAAUAUUUAACCACUUGCACUUCAGGAAGAAGUUCAAUAUCUACUUGGUCUCCAUCCCACAGCUUCUUUUCAUGCUCUGCACCUUUGGAUACCUUAUAUUUAUGAUUAUCUAUAAGUGGCUGGUUUUUUCAGCAGAAACCUCCAGAGUAGCUCCUAGCAUUUUGAUUGAAUUUAUUAACAUGUUUUUAUUCCCACCCAGUGAGAUGUAUGUUCUUUACACUGGGCAGGAGCAUGUCCAGAUAGUGUUGCUUGUCAUCACAGCACUGUCUGUCCCUGUCCUCUUCUUGGGAAAGCCACUCUUUUUGUUGUGGCUACACAAUGGACGAAGCUGCUUUGGGGUGAGCCGGAGUGGUUACACACUUGUAAGGAAAGACAGCGAGGAAGAAGUUUCUUUGCUGGGAAACCAAGAUAUAGAAGAGGGAAAUAACCAGAUGGAAGAUGGGUGCAGAGAAAUGACGUGUGAAGAGUUUAAUUUUGGAGAAAUCAUGAUGACCCAGGUGAUCCAUUCCAUUGAGUACUGUCUGGGCUGCAUCUCCAACACCGCUUCCUACCUGCGGCUCUGGGCCCUCAGCCUGGCUCAUGCACAACUGUCUGACGUCUUGUGGGCCAUGCUGAUGCGUGUGCCCCUCCGUAUGGACACCACCUAUGGGAUCUUGCUGCUGUUCCCACUUAUCACUCUCUUUGCAGUUCUGACCAUUUUCAUCCUUUUGAUCAUGGAAGGGCUUUCUGCAUUUCUCCACGCCAUACGCCUCCAUUGGGUAGAAUUUCAGAACAAAUUCUACGUUGGUGCAGGCACCAAAUUUGUUCCUUUCUCAUUCAGUCUACUUUCAUCCAAGUUCAAUAGCAAUGACAAUGUGGCGUGAUCAUAUUGCUGUAACCACACGCUUUCAGAUUUAUGGAGAAUUGUCAUGUUAUAGAAUUCCACGUACGUCAAAUUUCUGAUCAGAAAAAUUCCAUCUUCGUUGAUUGCCUUAUGAUACAGCCAAAUAAUUCUGUAAGAUAUACCUCUUCCUCGUAUGUUAAAUAUUUUGUAAAGUUUACCAAUUUUGGAUAUACAAAUUUCUUUUGGUUUUUAUGAUAAGCAAAUAUAAGUUAAUGCCAAAUGUUAUGUGAAACUUAUUUUUUAAAAUGUAGGAUGGGGGAGAGAAGCCAGUUUUGAAUGGCUAAUUGAAAAUGAUCUUAGAAAUUGAAAAUGGUCUUAGAUACUUGAUUCCUUUAGACUUUAUUUUUAAAAAUAAAAUACCAGAUUUUAAAAAAUAGAAUCACCAGAAAGUGUCAGAUAAUAUUUUCCAACAGCUGAAGUAAGCAUAGUUUUUAAAAGAAUUUAAUGCUUGGUAAUCAGAAGAUUCACAUUUAUUCUGCUUGGUUCAAAAAUAUGCAAACAUCGUUUUAUUGUGUACUAUCUAGAAUUACAAGUAGAGGGUUGUUUCUACAGUUUUGUCUUGUUUUAAUAAUUGAGGAAAAUGGGAUAAAAUAACAAAACAAAUGGUUACCCUACUUGUAUAUUUUUUUAACGACUCUUAUCCUGUUAUCCUUAUAUAAAACCAGUUACGAUCAUCGUAUGUUUUGAAAGAUAAACUGUUUACUGAGCCUCAAAACCUAGGGUGACUGGAGAAGAUACAAUGUGGAUAUGAUCUGAAUGUGGUGACCAGCUUAGCUGGUGUUACUGAACCAAAAGAUGUUGACUGAGUGGAAGAAAGGUGAAAAGUAGUAUGUUUUAUAUUUUUAUAACAAAAUGUAAAUUAAGAUGUUGUACCACGAAGAGCUUGCCCUUAGCCUUGAGAAUAGUAUUUUACUUUCAGAUUAUUUCUAGAUAAAGGUCUGAUAAAAGUUUUUAGAGUGAAUUUAAACUUUCAAACACUGUUUAGAUCAGUUGAAAAUGAAUUCUUCUUAUGCCAUUAAUUUAUAAUUCUUAGUUUAAACUCAUCUAUUCACUUAACAGUUAGUUCUUCAUGUAUUUAGGUCAGUCCUAUUGAACGUCUGGAUCUAGUCUUGGUUCUUGUAAAUUAUGUUAAUUUUUCAUGUUCUACUUCAAUUGAUCUUAGGUCAUAUUUUCAAAAAGAAAACGGAAAAUUGUGAGUCACACAUGUUAAAAGUCCUGCUUGCCCUUUACUCCUUAAGUCGCUUGGAUUAUGAGCCCUCGUUAUGGUAGCAGAGUUUAAGCAUUGGAAGGCAGUGUCAAGGCCCGUUGGCUGAGAGGCAGAAACUGAACAGCGGAUGACUUAGCCAUGAUUCUAGAGUUAACCUUUUCUUUUUUAUGAAUUAAGAAAGAUGUAUUAUUAAAGGGAAAAUAUGUUGUGAAGGACACAGUGGGCCCGACAGCUGCGAGAACGUCUGCUGUCGCCUCUAGAACUAACCUUUGUCAGUUGCAGUCAAGAUUCUGCACUGUCACUGGGUGAGAAGUUGCCCAAAGCCAAUUUGGAUUUACUACCUUUUGUCCCUUGUAUUCACUUACCAAGUAUAAAGGAUGCUGAUGAAACCCCUGCAUGCCGCUGUUCUCAAAGUCCAGUUUCCCAGAAGGUGUGAUGUCAUUGCUUCUGUUGCAUAAGAGCUGCUUUCACCGUGGCUGAUGCCCCACACGUGGCUGUUGUGUUACAUUACUCCAAGGAUCUGUUAUGAAAACAGUGAUGACUCCAUCCCCAGGAAACCUGAGGCUUCAGGGUGUUAUUGGCUGAUUAGUAAAUAAAGGACAUUCAGGAGCUGCUGGAAUUUUUUAUUGCUUCCCACUGGUAAUUGUUAUGGGGCCACUUUUAAAUUCUGAUUUACACCUCUUAGCAGGAUAUAGAAUAGAGUGCAGGCUCACUUUCCAAUUGAAAUCUAUGUAUGUCAUAGUUAUGUAGAAUGUAAUGAUAUGAAAAAUCAAUAAUCCUAACUUUUAUGAAAUAACUCUCUGGAAAUAUAGUUUGAUAGUUAUCUUGUGGACAUCAGGAGAAACUCCACUUCUUUAUACAGCCAUUGGCUCAGUGUCAUAUUACCAGAGUGGUUGCUCUGUUUUGUUUUUAAGCUAUUUGCCAGAACCUAUUUUAUACAAUUUUCAAGACAUUCUUCAUUCCCUUGAUAGUAAAUAGCCAGAGGGAAAAUGGUCAGUUGUCUGGAUGAUGCUAAAUAUGAUUAAAAGAAAUGUCAUGACAGCCACAUUUUCCAGUUUUCAUCCAGAUGUGUAUUACCAUGUGUUAAUGGAGUCCCGAAAUAAAAGCCCAAGUGAUUGCUUCAGUAAAAUUUGAUCUCAUUCUGCCAGCGUGGAGGACGUGCUGUGGUGACAUAACCAUGGUCAGAGAGUGAGCAGGGUGUUCCCAUAGGGAUCAUGGUGAGCCCUGUGAACUUGCCCUCGUUGACAAGACCUUGGAGAGACUCCUCCUUCCCUGAAUGCUGCACUCUGCUUGUUUCUGGAAUGGGUAUCGUAGAACAGCCUUCCGGUCUCAGUGCUCGUUCUGCGGUAGUUUAAUUAAGCAUAGGCUAUCUAUAGCAUAGGUGAUGCUUAUGAUGUUUAGGAAUUAAAUAUUCGGACAUCUUAGAGCCUGAUUCAUUUUGGAAAACAAAACCAAAAGAACAGCUGUUCUGCAACUUGCAUUUAAAAACAACAAAUUUGUCUUAAAAAUUUAAAGCCAGGUUUGCUUGCAUGCCAUAUGGAAUGUCUCCAGGAAGGUUAUUAACAAGCCUUAGUUCUAGAUGAUGGAAAUCAGGCGGUUUGGGGUAAUAGUUUUCCUACAGUCAGGCUAUUAGUGCUGAGCUUUGGUUUAGCAUUUCGAGAACUGUUUAGAACAUUACACUUGUUCCUUAAUGGGAAAAUCCAACAUGAAAGAAGGCUAGGUUCUUGUAAUUUAGGGGCUCAACUCCUUGGGCAGGGAAGUGACAGGGGACGAGUGAGGGUUCUGCUCCACAAAUGCAUGAAAGGACACGUUUGCAUCUUCAAUCAGUAUUGAACUUCUUUUGCUAAUGACAAAUAAACACAUCUAUAUUUUUAAAA